ACCAGAUGCCUGUUACCUCAUACCUCAUACCUCCACUAACCUUGAUAGCUUGCCUGCUUACACUACUUACACUACUUACACUACUUACAUUUGUUCCAUCUACUUUCUAAAAUCUUCCUCUUUCUACAUCUUUCUCCAACCAUUACAUACAUCUACAACUUUUGUUCGAAUUCGGCACCUUGUCAGGAUAUCUAGGACUUCCUUUUUCAUAACUCAAAACAGUCCUCAUAUAUUCAGACAAUGGCUUCCCAAGGAGAAGAUGUUUAUGCAACGGUAAGUUAUCACUACCGCAGCAAGACUAGGAUGGCAUGAUACUGAUGAUUUGGUGAUAGCUUCUUUUGACCGACACCUACCUUCCAGGUAUUUUUGAUGACAUUAAACCUGUCGGAAAUUACUAACGUAACUUUCAAAUAGGUGCUCUUGUAUUGGCACAUUCUUUACGAGAUGCUGGCACUACCAAGAAAAUUGCAGUGCUCGUCACUACUGAUUCGGUGACCUUUGAGAGUAUGGCUGAGCUCCAGGUACGUUUUUGUUCCAUGUAAUCUUCGAGCUGUUCCUAAUAUGUAUUUCUAGAGAAACUUCGACUUCGUUAUCCCUGUCGACCGAGUAGUCAACGAAUCUCCAGCCAACCUUGACCUCAUGGGUCGUCCCGACCUCCAUUCUACCUUUACAAAAAUUACACUAUGGAAACAGACACAAUUUCGGAGAAUAGUUUACAUGGAUGCCGAUAUGGUGGCUCUCCGCGCACCAGAUGAGUUGUUCGCUUUGCCAGACCCAUUUUCCGCUGCACCCGAUAUUGGAUGGCCAGACAUCUUCAACACUGGUCUCAUGGUCCUGGACCCAAAUAUGGGUGAUUACUAUGCUUUGGAAGCAAUGGCACGCAGAGGUAUCUCUUUCGAUGGAGCUGAUCAAGGUUUACUUAACAUGCACUUCAAGAACACGUUUAACCGUUUGAGCUUCACUUACAACGUCACACCUUCUGCUCAUUACCAGUAUCUCCCAGCAUUUCAACAUUUCCAAUCGAGCAUUAGUGCCGCCCACUUCAUCGGAACGGAUAAGCCAUGGAAAGUGGGAAGACAAGCUAGUAUUGGAGCCACACCUUACCACCAGAUGACCGGAAGAUGGUGGGCAGUCUAUGACAAACAUUACAAGCAAACCGUAAGCCUGGUUCCCGCAACCAUGGAGGAGACUAAUGUUUUUCAGUCGGCUACCGGGACUUCCGACGGAGGAGCACCCCUUAUUGUACAAUACCUUGUCUUUGGGGAAUUCCAGCCCAAGACACAGGAGGACCAUUCUCAAGGAGCCCACUGUGAGAAAUUUCAACAUAUUACUGCCAUUAAUGAUACUACUACUACAGCAGAGGAACCAAUCCAUGAAUAUGCAGAAAGAACGUUUGAUAAAGAAGAAGCUUAUGAUCCCCCAGUACAGGCAAAAUUGGACCAAUCUCGGAACCGGGCAUUCUCAUAUUCACCAUGGGAUGCCAGCAAGUGAGUCUUGAUUAUUGGACAUGGUAAGAAUCAUCUAACCUUUCGUAGGGCACCGCCACCACAAGAUUCAAGGCCAGAAGCCUCGGAUCUCCCCUCUACCCACUAUGAGAUGUCCAACGAUGCUACUCCAUUCCGAGCACCGAACCGUUACCCUGACCCUCCUAGCAACAUGUACUACGAAGUACCAAAAGCCCCGAAAUACCAAAGACCACCACCCAUAUUUCCAUGGGAGGCUAACCCACCAGUACCCUCAAGAGUAUUUCCUGAAGAUGAUGAUGAUGACACAGCAGUACCAGAAAUACCAGAAACCCCCAUCGCCGGUUCGGUAGUCGCAACCACCGAGGAUGAAAGAAGCAUGCCAGCUACUCCUACAACCCCUACCAUGUCAGCGGCUACUGAUCCAUGGCAAGCUUUUACGAGAGGAAACGCAUGGGAUGAGGUUCCUGAAAUUGAGCGAUAUAUUGGAAACAUGUCAAAGAAUCGCAAAGGCAACGUUCAAGUACUACAAGGAUACGGACCAGGUAUAUCACAGAUUUCCAAUCCGGCAGAACGUAGGCGUAGUAUGAAGCUCACAGACUUUCCAACAGAGCUUGAACGGCCUAGUUUACCCGUGACCCCAGCGCCCGUUAGAACGCAGCCUAGUUUCUGGGGCGAAGAGAGAGAAGAGAGUAGCACGUUGCCUCCCGCGGAAGGAGUUCCAGCACAACAAGAUUGGGUAAGCCUCUUUGAUGAAUUCAAUGGAACUUUUGAUGCCUUCAGAAGUCUCUUUGCAAACCCCAAGAGACUAGCCCUUGGCCCCCGUACCUUGUUUUACGAUCUUGGAAAGCUUUUAAAAAUUUUCAAUAGGCUAUUGGAUGAUCUUAGGAAAUUCUCACUGACAGCCGGACAGGACCCAGCAGCUCAACUUGAAAUGCUUGCUAGGCGUCAAUCGGAUGUUCUGGCCCAUAAAUUGGACCUGUCGACCCGCGAGAUGCCUUCCAGACCACUUCCUUACGGAUCCGAACCCGUCACCCAAGGACUAGGUGGAGCUAUUGAGGAACCUUCUUACCAUGGUCCGGGAGCUACGUGGGAGAAGAAUGAAAAUUACGCCACGAAAGAGACUCCUUUGCUUCCAAGUGAAGAAGAGAAGGAUGUUUUGGAGACUUAGAGAGAAAAGACUAGGCCUUUAAUGAGAUUUGCACAUCAUGUAUCCAUGUAUUUUGAGAUUUACAUGUUUAUACAUGAUGCGUUUUGCCUUGUACUUUUGCCUCAUUUGAUUUGCAUUUCUAAGUCGAGCAUUUGCAAAUUUAGCAUUGUGCUUUGAGCGUUUUGAUUUCACGAGCGCAUUUACGAUGUAACUUCCGGUUUGCAUUUACUUGUAAAUAGAAACUUUGCAAGUCCCGCAUUUUAUGAUUUGUGAUGGAAUAGAUGAUUGAUUGCGUAGGAGCUCAUGGGGUUUUUGCUGGGAGGGGAGAAAAUUAAGAUGAGAAGUUGACGUUCAGAGAUGCUUGCAAAUAAUAUGGGUGCUGCAUUUGAUGGGUUGGUGCACAAAAGUUUGAUAAAUAUAUGAUGAAUUGAUGGAUUGACGGACUGAUGGAUUGGAGAUGAAGUGAAUAUAACAGGAAGUCAGCGGAAUGGAUGAGAUACAAUUAUGGAGUGGGAAAAAACAGUCG